AUGUCUACUUCGACGUCCUCGAUAUCCCUACCAGCGAUGGCGGCAGCUCAGGAUCCAUGGGAGAUCAAUUAUGUGAAUGAGAGCCACGUUCAAGCCUUUGCGAGGGCAUUAGAUAUCUCCGAUACAGCACCUAUAGAGGGCGAUCUUACUCCAUCUUCGCCCAAAUCUCCACCAUUGGGUGCGACUCCGCCAAAUGCACAGAGUGAAGACAAAUUAUCGACAUUCAAGUAUGGACCGGAUAAUGGAGCUUUCUCCAGUAACAAGGGCGAAAGGGUCGAGAAGCUCACUGCGACGUCGGACUUUGCCCCAAUCCAUCAGCGCGUCUCACGACGCAAGGGCAAAUCAGUUCAACAAGGCAUGACCUAUCAUCUCAUGAGGUGGCCUCUGUUGGGCUUCUUCUUCACCAUCAUCUGGCUUGAAUUCUCAGCCUAUGUGAUUACCCGCCAAAUAGUCAAUGUCUUUGAAUACUCCGUCGCAUGGUGGGGGCACAAGGCGAGAUUGAGACAGGAAAUGCGUAAAUCCAAGACGUACGAUGAGUGGACGGCCAGCGCUAGGAAGUUGGAUCGAUACCUAGGCUUCGAUCAGUGGAAAGAGGCGGACGAGGAUCCGUAUUUUGACUACGUCCUCGUCAAACGGGUCAGGCGGACGCUAACACGGCUAAGGAUGGCAAAAGAUACUCGCGCCUUGAUGGAUGCUCUCGCCGUUUGUGUGAGAAGCAAUUUCGCGGGCACAGAGGGUGUGAAGAUGUAUAGUGAGACCUUCUACGGCACCAAGACUAUGGUCGAGCAGCAUAUUCGAGAGGUUGCUACGUCUCUAGACUUUAUCAGAACAGCAACGGACGUUUCAUUGGAAGAGAAACGGGCUUUCUUCAGGGCUAUCAACAAGAAUUAUGGCUCUAGCGCUUUGUGUCUCUCAGGAGGAGCCUCUUUCGGUUACUACCACUUUGGCGUAAUCCGGGCUUUCCUCGAGGCUGAUCUACUGCCUCGCGUUGUCACUGGAACUUCGGCUGGAGCUCUUGCCGCCGCACUCCUAUGUACUCGGACCGACGAAGAGCUGAAAGUUCUGCUCGUACCUCGACUCGCAGAUAAGAUUACAGCUUGUUCUGAGCCUUUUACGGUGUGGUUCCGGCGAUUCAGGAAAACUGGAGCGAGAUUCGACAGUGUCGAAUGGGCGAAGAAGGCCAUGUUCUUUACAGGAGGCUCUCUGACCUUCAAGGAAGCGUACGAGAGGACUGGACGAGCCUUGAACGUAUCGGUCGUCCCUUCAGAUCGUCACUCGCCCACAAUCUUGUUAAAUCAUCUCACAGCGCCAAACUGUCUGAUCUGGUCUGCGAUCCUGGCUUCCGCAGCUGUCCCUGGCAUUUUGAACCCCGUUGUUCUCAUGGCUAAAGACCGUAAUGGCAAUGUGAAGCCUCACAAUCUCGGCGGUUCAAGAUUCAAGGAUGGAAGUCUCAGAGAAGAUAUCCCUCUUGGAAGCCUUCACACUCAAUUCAAUUGUAACUUCUCAAUUGUCUCACAGACGAAUCCACACAUUCAUCUCUUCUUCUUUGCCCCUCGAGGGUCUGUCGGACGCCCCGUCGCUCAUCGUAAAGGCAAGGGCUGGCGAGGUGGUUUCAUCUUGUCUGCCCUUGAAUCGUAUAUCAAGUUGGAUCUCACCAAGCAUUUCAAAGCGAACCUCCUGCCGCAAUUGUUGCAAAGUGACUGGAGUGGCGUCUUCCUCCAGCGAUUCUCAGGAGACUUGACGCUGACCCCGAGAAGCACGAUAGGCGAUUGGGCUAGGAUCCUGUCCGAUCCGAAUCGUGAACAGCUCGCUAGAAUGAUCCAGGUCGGUCAACGAGUCUCCUGGCCCGCCUUGCACAUGGUUAGUAAUCGACUACACAUUGAGCGAGCGAUCUUACGCGGCCGUGCGGAAGUUCGAGUUGCGGUUCAUCGCGAGCGACCCACGACUGACUCGAGCCACCUUACCAAUAUCAAUCUUGACGGCCUCCCUUCUUCAGCCUAUGUGCCUAUCGAAUCAGAUGCCGACGCUGGCUUCUUGCACCGGACACGCAAGGCGAGAGCCGCUCGACCGGUCAUUUCGACUGGACGGACCUUGGAGGAGAUACCAAGUAUCAGGAAGAGGCGGCCAAAUGGGAUUCGCGAGAACAACGAAUCGGUUUCUGAACCGCCGCCGACUCUGGCAACAGCCACCAAAGCCACUUCGACAACUCAAGAUGGUCCACCUAUACCCAUGGCCACGGAGCGCCCCAGCUCGUUCACAGACACUCUUCGGCACGUCCGCACUCAGUCAAUGGCGGCAAUCACAUCGCCCUUUCGUAGCCCAUCUACCCGAUCAACCAAAGCUGAUCAAGUCGACCCUCAGCCGAGGAAAUCGCAAAUGAGCAUUUCCCGAUGGUUUGGGAACGCUUCCGACUCGGAUUCAGACGAAGAAGGCGAUCUCGCUCAUCUCAGUGGAGAAAACGGUGCCGGCACGCCUAGGUUCUCUACCGGUGUCCUCAACGGAGAAAGCGCUAUCGCAGAUGAGCCUUCGUCCGUGGAGGAGGGGGAAGGGGAGGGAGAUACCAGUAUGCCAUCCACCAACUCUGGUAGCAGGAGCGAAACAGGCUCAAUCGUGUAUAGUCCACCUCAGCAAGACGCAUCGUAG